CCCCAUCUUCCUCCUCACUCCAAAUCCCCAAUCCCGCUCCCCUCCUCCCCAUCCACCGCACGCACCAAGCCAAGCCAUGGCCCGCACGAAGCAGACGGCGAGGAAGUCCACCGGCGGCAAGGCCCCGCGCAAGCAGCUGGCCACCAAGGCGGCGCGCAAGUCGGCGCCCGCCACCGGCGGCGUGAAGAAGCCGCACCGCUUCCGCCCGGGCACCGUCGCGCUCCGCGAGAUCCGCAAGUACCAGAAGAGCACCGAGCUGCUCAUCCGCAAGCUCCCCUUCCAGCGCCUCGUCCGCGAGAUCGCCCAGGACUUCAAGACCGACCUCCGCUUCCAGUCCUCCGCCGUCUCCGCGCUGCAGGAGGCCGCAGAGGCAUACCUUGUGGGGCUCUUCGAGGACACCAACCUCUGCGCCAUCCACGCCAAGCGCGUCACCAUCAUGCCCAAGGACAUCCAGCUCGCGCGACGCAUCCGGGGCGAGAGGGCCUUGGAUGCUUCUGAACCUGAACGAACACUGUUAACAUUCUCCUGUGCAAUUCUGUCUAUCUACAAGUCUCUGUUUUAUGUUCAACUACAGUAUUUCUUAAGAGUACGAACCGAGUUGAAAUCUUCUCCACACGGAUCACCCCACCCAAAUCCGAUCUCAGCCGUCCACAUCCAACCCAUCCAACGCUCCUCACGCAUCUUCUCCACCGAAAAUCCAAAACGGACGCGCCAACGGCGCCACCAACACCGAAAUAUCUCCCGCCACGCCGCCAGCAGCCUAUUUAAAACCGCCCCCAUCCCCUUCUUCCUCCUCAGUCCAAAUCCAGUUCCCGCAAAUUCCAAAUCCCGCUCCCCUCCUCCCCAUCCACCGCACGCACCAAGCCAAGCCAUGGCCCGCACGAAGCAGACGGCGAGGAAGUCCACCGGCGGCAAGGCCCCGCGCAAGCAGCUGGCCACCAAGGCGGCGCGCAAGUCGGCGCCCGCCACCGGCGGCGUGAAGAAGCCGCACCGCUUCCGCCCGGGCACCGUCGCGCUCCGCGAGAUCCGCAAGUACCAGAAGAGCACCGAGCUGCUCAUCCGCAAGCUCCCCUUCCAGCGCCUCGUCCGCGAGAUCGCUCAGGACUUCAAGACCGACCUUCGCUUCCAGUCCUCCGCCGUCUCGGCCCUGCAGGAGGCCGCCGAGGCGUACCUUGUGGGGCUCUUCGAGGACACCAACCUCUGCGCCAUCCACGCCAAGCGCGUCACCAUCAUGCCCAAGGACAUCCAGCUCGCGCGACGCAUCCGGGGCGAGAGGGCCUAGGCUAGCAUGCUUCUCGUUCGUAUUACCUGCGGGUGUAUCGGUCUGUGUUGUGUUCUUGUUUUAGCCGGUGUUGAGUAAUGGAGAUGUGCUAGCGUUGUAGGAAGUUCCUUGCUUGCCAUGGCGGCCUUGUAGUGGCGUGGUCUGAUGCUACCAUCUUGUUGUCAUCAGCAACUGAAAAAAAGAAUGUUUAUCUGAUCUGAAA